CCGGGCAGAGCGCGGAGCUCUGGUGUCGACCCCGCCCAGCCGCCCCUCAGUGUCCAGGUGUGUGGUGAGGUGACAGCAAUGGCAUUUAAGAAGGUUUGGUGUGCCCUAGCCCUGGGGUUCCUGCUGCCUUUCUCUUGUGCCCACACGGACUUCUUCACUUCCAUUGGUCAUAUGACAGACUUAAUUAAUACAGAAAAAGAUCUGGUCGUGUCACUCAAAGAUUACAUCAAGGCAGAGGAAAGCAAGCUGGAGCAGAUCAAAAAAUGGGCAGAGAAGCUGGAUCAGCUGACAGAUACUGCCACCAAAGACCCAGAGGGGUUUUUGGGCCAUCCUGUCAACGCAUUCAAGCUGAUGAAAAGGCUCAACACAGAGUGGGGUGAGCUGGAGAGCCUGGUCCUCAAGGACAUGUCAGAUGGUUUUAUCUCCAACAUGACAAUCCAGAGGCAGUUCUUCCCCAAUGAUGAGGAUCAGACUGGUGCAGCCAAGGCCCUCCUGAGGCUCCAGGACACCUACAACCUGGACACAGACACCCUCUCAAGAGGGAACCUGCCAGGUGUGAAGCACAAAUCCUUCCUAACAGCUGAAGAUUGCUUUGAGCUGGGCAAGAUUGCCUACACAGAGGCUGACUACUACCACACAGAGCUGUGGAUGGAGCAAGCCCUGAAGCAGCUGGAUGAGGGAGAAGUGUCCUCUGCAGACAAAGUUUACAUCCUGGACUACCUGAGCUAUGCAGUCUAUCAGCAGGGGGACCUGGGCAAGGCCAUGGCACUCACCAGGCGCCUCCUGGAGCUGGACCCUGAACAUCAAAGAGCAAACGGCAACAUGAAAUACUUUGAAUACAUCAUGGCUAAAGAAAAAGAAGCAAACAAGUCCAGCACGGAUUCAGAGGAGCAGCAGGAGAAGGAAACUGAGGUUAAGAAAAAGGAUUACCUGCCCGAGAGAAGGAAGUACGAAAUGCUGUGCCGUGGGGAGGGGCUCAAAAUGACUCCCCGGAGGCAGAAGAGGCUCUUCUGCCGUUACUACGAUGGGAACAGGAAUCCCAGAUACAUCCUGGGCCCCGUCAAGCAGGAGGAUGAGUGGGACAAGCCCCGCAUCGUGCGAUUCCUGGACAUCAUCUCUGACGAGGAGAUCGAGACUGUGAAGGAGCUGGCAAAGCCCAGGCUGAGCCGUGCUACUGUUCAUGACCCUGAGACUGGGAAACUGACCACAGCACAUUACAGAGUCUCUAAGAGCGCGUGGCUCUCGGGCUACGAGAGCCCGGUGGUGUCCCGCAUCAACACCAGGAUCCAGGACCUGACAGGGCUGGAUGUCUCCACAGCAGAGGAGCUGCAGGUAGCCAACUACGGCGUAGGAGGCCAGUAUGAGCCUCAUUUUGAUUUUGGAAGGAAAGAUGAGCCAGAUGCUUUUAAGGAAUUGGGAACAGGCAACAGAAUUGCUACUUGGUUGUUUUAUAUGAGUGAUGUGUCAGCAGGGGGAGCCACGGUCUUCCCUGAAGUGGGAGCCAGCGUUUGGCCGAGAAAGGGAACAGCUGUGUUCUGGUACAAUCUCUUCCCAAGUGGAGAAGGCGAUUACAGCACGAGACAUGCGGCCUGCCCGGUGCUAGUGGGAAAUAAAUGGGUCUCCAAUAAGUGGCUCCACGAGCGGGGGCAGGAAUUCCGCCGGCCGUGCACGUUAUCGGAGCUGGAAUGACGCAGCCGGGGCUCCCGUGUGCUCAGUGUGUGGGGAAUGCACACACCUCCCAGUUUACAACUGACUAACAAACACUCCACUACAGCUUCCACUACAGCUGUGGACAGGACAAACGUGCUUUUAGUUCCCUCCAAACCCCCCCCAAGGUUUAUUGACAGAAAAUACCGAGGUUGACAAGUGUUACUGGAAAAAAAAAAAAAAGGACAAAAUACAGAUGAGGGCCACAACUUACAGUGGUGUUGUGUGUGGUGUUCCUGUCACCAUCAUCCCUCUGAGCAGUGUGGGCAGCCAGGGGUUGUCUGGAGUCCUCCUCACACCUGCCAGGCUUAGGGCAGGAUGAUUGCCUGGGAGGGCUCCCUUCGAAGGAAUGCUGAGUUAAACUCAUUCCUAAUCCUCAAAUCCCAGACACUUCACCCUUUGCUAUUCUAGAGUGCCUGACCACUGCAGGCAUAGUUUGUUUUGUUUUGGUUUUUUUUUUCCCUCUGAAAAACGGGUUAUUAGCAUGUUUUAGCCUGGUUUUCCACUUCUACAAAAGCCCCACUUUUUAAGCUUGUCUUCCUUCUCAGCCAGUGUGGAGAAUUUGGCUCCUAAUCUUGACCACAUGAGCCAGCAGUUCCACAGGCAGAGUCAGGAUGCUUCCAGAGUGUCAGAGCAGCCUGGGAACACCCACAGCCCAUCUUCCCUCCUCUUCUGCAAUGUUUGUCCACAUGAACAAGUGCUGCUUUUGUUCUGUCCUGGCAGCCAGCUCUUCCCUCUGCUCCUUGGGCAGCAGGGAUGGGGAUGUUCCCACCUUCAUUAAUCAAAAUUGUCGUGCCUUAGGACACUGGAAUUUCAAAUUGGUUCUGAGACUUCAGGUGCUGAGGUAACACAGAGUCCUCACAGAACGCUCCCCCCCUCAUCCUCCUCCCAAGCUCUCGAGGUUUCUGGAGAAACUCUCAGCCUAUUUAUAGUCCUGAAGCUUUUUUAGGUGCAGGCUCACUUUCCUGAGCCCUUUCCCUUCCACAGCAGGAUUUUUUAGCAAAAUAUCCAAAUAGCUCACUAGCAUGAGGACAAAAAUCAAAGGAAGCUGCACCUGCCUCUACCUAAACAGUCCAAUUUUCUGGAUGAUGAUGAUGAUUUUACUGAUUUAGGGGUCAAGUCUGAAGUCUUUACCAAGGGAAAAAUUCCAAUUUUGGUUAAUUGGAUUUUCUGCCUCAAUAAAAUCUUGAUAAUUGAGCCAAACUGUACAAACCUAUUGCUAAAUGUGCUAGAAAUACCUCUGGAUUACUGGGAAUGCAGUUUAAGGUACUAUAGUUGGAGGAACUGCAUACUUUCAGAAGACACUUGACAAGGUCUUUGCUGGAAAAUAGUUGUUCAAUUUCUACUGAGCCUGGUAGCAGUGGGACCCACAGAACUGCCCCUCCUUAGCCCUGCACCUUCCUGAAUUUUGCCUGGUGUUUGGCAGCUGGAAAACAAGGUCCAUCGAUCAUGUGAGAACACAAAAAUCUGCAGUCCCACCCCUCACUUCUGUACUGCUCCUUUACCAAGAGCAGGAGCUGAUCUAAAUAAAUUCACCUCAGAACUG